AUGGUGCAGCACAGAUGGCAGCCUGUUGAGUCUGUGGUGAAGGUGAUUCCUGUGAUCGUGUUUAUUGGGCUCCUCGGACUCCUCCUUGGUUCCACUUCUGCUGACACUAAUAUCAGUGUGGACAAUGACAACAACAGCCAGGGAGGCACACAGAGAGUGAGCAUCAACAAUGAUCACAAUGUAGCCAAUAUUGAUAAUGACGAUGGAUGGGAUCGAUCUUGGAAUUCAAUCUGGGAUUUUAACAAUGGCUUUGCUGCAACUAGGAUCUUUGCCAAGAAAAUCUGCAUCGUGCAUAGGCUGAACAAAGAUGUUGUGCCUGGCAUUCAGGAACUUGAGAGACGAGCAAAAGAAAAGAAGCCAAAUGUACAUACUGGACCUUCCCCCAAAAGCCUGCGGUAUAUGAUUGAACCUCAGGAAAUAAAAGACCUGGCCCAGUUUGGAACUCCUAUUGAAACCAUGUGCAGGGGACUUCCUACAUAUAAGGCUCAGGAGGUUCAAGGGCGAGGCUUCUUUUUCUUUGGUGGCACCUGCUGGGAUAUCGGUGUCUGGGAAGUGAGCAUCGGCCUGUGUGGUGACAUAAUGGUAGCAUAA